UCUCAGUCACAUAGUCACACUUCACACUCGGUAUAGACGGACACUUGCACCCCUCGCUUUGCGACUGGAGGACGGCGAGUAAAGAGGUAGAGAAUACCAGGCAGGGCAGCCUUCUGGGCAACUGGGUGGAGCGCAUCCAGGCAAUCUGCUGCUACCCGCAGCACGCAUCUUUGCUCGCACAUUCAUCUCAACGCACGAUGGCUCUCCCACAGGCGCCGCAACGGCUCCUCAGGGACCUUCAUGUAGCCUACAUCAAGUCGCUCGAUGCAAAAAAAGAAGGCCUCUCAUACCACAUGACGACGCACCUGCGCAUGAACGGCGUCUACUGGGGCCUCUGCGCGCUCGAGCUCAUGCACGCUGGCGACCUGCUCGCUCGGCAGGACCUCGUCGACUUUGUGCUCAGUUGCUGGGACGACCCCAAGGGUAAGGGGAAGCGCAAGGCCGAACUUGACCACAAUAAGAACGAGCCUGCAGGGCAACACCGGGAUCCGAGCGACGGCAGAGACGGCCAGCCGGGAGGAUUCGCGCCGUUCCCGCGGCACGACACCCACAUCCUCAGCACGCUGUCCGCAUUACAGAUCCUCGCCAUCAAGGGUGCACUCGACGUGGUUGACCGCCAAGCAGUAAUAGACUACAUUCUCUCGCUACGGUCCACGUCGCCGAACCUGCGUGGCGCAUUCUACGGCGACAGCGCAGCGCUCGAGCACGACACGCGCUACCUGUACAUUGCGCUGCACGCUUUACAGCUACUCUCCGCCACGGCUGAGCUCGCAGAGAUACGCGAGGAGAGCAUCGCAUACCUGCUGCGCUGCCAUAACCGCGACGGCGGCUUCGGCACGUCCGUCGGCGCCGAGAGCCACGCUGGGCAGGUGUUCACGUGCGUCGCGGCGCUCAACAUCCUCGACGCGCUCGAUCGCGUCGACCUCGAUCGCGUCGGCUCGUGGCUCGCAGAGAGGCAGCUGCCCAACGGCGGGCUCAAUGGCAGGCCGCAGAAGCUCGAAGAUGUAUGCUACUCGUGGUGGGUGCUUAGCUCUCUCAGUAUGGUGCGGCGACUGCACUGGAUCGAUGCCGCCAAGCUGCGGCGCUUCAUCCUGUCCGCGCAGGAUCCCGAGUACGGUGGCAUAGCAGACAGGCCAGACAAUGUCGCCGACGUCUUCCACACACACUUUGGCCUCGCAGGGCUCUCACUGUUGUCCGGCUUGGAUCGAGGGACGCCGCAAGCAAAGGGCCAGGGCGCAGCAGCAGAAGCAGAAGCAGCACCGGAUGGCAAUGAGGGUGAUGGGCUUGCGAACCUUGAGGAAGUCGACCCGACGUACUGUCUGCCUGCCCACGUGGUCCGGAGAUUGGGUAUUGAGAAAGGGUACCAGUCGUUUCGCCCCGCGAACAGGUAGCAUUUCCAUUG